AUGAUUGAAGAAGAUGACAUCCUCCUUUGGCGCAUGAUCUUCCUGGCCAUGGUCUCCAACUACAUCAAUGAGGCACGAAAAGAUCCAAGACCUGUUGGCUUCACCUUGGAACAGCCAGCAUCGCCCAAGGACUACAAGCCAGAAGUUGUGUCCUUUUGGGAUACCAAAGAAUGGUCCUCCUUGAAAAAGGAGUUUGGUUGGGAUGAAACUACGUUUGCACAGGGUCAAUAUGGUGGCUCCGCUACCAAACCAACAACCUUUGGCGGAAACUUGAAGCUGGAGGUCAACAACCACAAAAGAAUGAAGAAAGCAAGUGAAGGAGUGGAGAUAAAAUCUUCAAAAGGCCUUUCAAGAUGGGCCCCUGGCGUCAUGGCGAUGGUUGCUGAAGCUUUGACAACACAAGUGAUGCAGCGCAACCCAAUGCUGCGUCCUCUGAGCUGGGAUGAACACAUUGCCCAUGGGCAUACUCCAUAUCGUCGAGAUUGUGCAGUAUGUCAACAAACUAUGCAGCAGUGCCAUCCUCACAGAAAAGUUCCAUAUCCAGUUGGAGGAGUUCUUUCCUUGGACGUUGCUGGACCGUUAGUCCCAGCAAAAGAUAUUGGAGGUCUCUACGCAAGAUGGAUGUUGGUUGGCACUCUGACAUGGGCAGUCCCCGCUGAAUCAGACAAGAUGAAAGAUCCUGAAGUAUACCCUGAAGAUGAAGAAGGAAAAGAUGCAGUUCAAGCGAAGGAAGGUCAAGAGGAGGCAGCAGGUGAGAAGGAAGAUGAAGAAGAUCCAGUUGAUGUUUGGGGUGAAGAGGAUGAGGUUAAAGAAGGAGGGGAAGAGAAGAAAGAAGAAGUCUCGGUCCCAGGGGGAGCUCCGCCUGAGCCACCCUAUCUCUUGCCUCCACCUGAAAAGAAAGAAGGAGAAGAAGAUCCCAAACCUGGAGGCUUCGACAUCAAGAUCUUCCGCUUAGGCUUAGCUGCAGCUAUGAUCACCAAAACUGCGAGAGAAGUCACCAAAACAGCCAUGGACUUCAUCCUCAAGCUCAGGAUGGAUGGCUUCCACAUUGGAAGAAUACGUUCAGAUCGAGGUCAUGAAUUCUCCGGGGUCUUCCGGAAAUGGGCCAACUCACGUGGCAUAGUGCUGACAUGCACACCUGGAGAUGAUCCUCGCGCGAAUGGCCGUGUGGAAGACGUCCUUGUCAGACGUCGCACAUGGCGACAGGGUGUCUUUGAGCCCACCGUGGAAACCGUCAAGUACCUGUUUCCAGCUCCAGAAGAGCAUGGACAUUGGGUUCAGCCUGAAGAUGAACCGCCAAGAGUCACCAAAUAUGUCCUUCGAAAAGCAAAAGAACCAAUCACUGACCAGAAAUGGGUCGCAAUUGAGAAGGAGGUCGCUGAUGCUUUGACCACCAGAAGAAGGUUGCGAGAGAAAACAUCAGUGAGAAAGAUAGAAGUUGAGGAGAAAGAUUCAAAGAAUGAGGAGGAAGCAAAAAGAGAGAAGUCUCAUCAGCUGAAGCAGAGGCUGGGAAAAAUGAUAGAAGAAGAGAUGAAGUACAUGGUCGAAGACGACCCUGACAUAGCAGUAGAAGAACUCAAAUGGGUAGCGAAGAUGAAGAGAAUGAUGGAAGAACCAAGUGAGGAGGACAAAAUUCUCCAAACGAAAGUGAUCUCGACAAGAGAGGUUGCCAGAAGUUGGAAAAGUUGGCUGGAAGCCAUCGAUGCAGAAGUUCAAAGUCUUUUAGAAGAAAAGGAAGCUUUGAAAAAGAUCACAAGAAAGGAACUGGAGGAGAUUCAAAAGAAAGCUGCUCAAGAAGGCCGCACUGUGGAGAUCAUUCCGUCCAAGUUGGUCUUCACAAUCAAAUCUGGUCCCAAUGGCGGCAAGCGCAAAACUCGUUGGGUGAUUUGUGGAAACUACGAGUCCAAAAAGGAUUCCGAAAAAACCUUCUCCAGCGGCGCUGAUGCCGCCGCCUUUCGCCUGUCCAUCUGGGCAGCAUCCCGCCAUCAAUGGGCUGGUGCAGUCAUUGACAUAAAGACUUCUCUUCUCAACGCUUUGAUGGAUCAGGGUGAUCAAGAAGCUAUCCUGAUCGUGAGGCCACCUGCACUUGUCACAGAGAAGGGCUACAUGGCGCCGCAGUCGUUGCCGUUCGGUCUCAUAAGCCCUUACCUGGAGCUGUUUUCUUUCAAGGGCCAAACGGCCGCCGAAUGCCCAACGAAGUGGGCCAAAAGCGAGGUGAAAAAUGCGAAGGAGCUUCUUGCCUAA